ACUCGUAUCUGGUUUGGAGUGAGAUUCAAGACUGAAAGAAAUCGUAGGGUGUAGAUGAGAUAUUAGUGAACUAUCUAAACCAGAUCAGGGAAGUCAGUACCUCUCUUUAAUUGAUAUAAAUUUAUAAUAAGAAAAUGAGAAAUAAUAAUUUUUUAUCCCUUUAAAUCAUUUUCUUAAAUGGUAAUGGAUUUUCACAAAGCAGAAAGUAGAAACUGAAUUAAUCCUAUUCUGAAUAGAAGAGUAAGGUAUUAUUAAAACUUGUCCGUCAUGAAAGGAGAAGGAAUUCUUUUCUUUUACUUGGGUGGCACUCGAGGGAUCGCCAUAGUCUCUAUAUUAGCUGAUCUCCGUUUUCAUGUGCCUUCAUCACUUCAUUUCCUCCACCCAAAACAAGAAAGAAAAAAGAGAGAGAAAGAGAAUUGUUGUGAUCCAUGUCGCAUAUCCCAAAUUCAACUGAGCUGCCGGAGCAGAAUGAAAAGAAAGAGGAGGUCCCCUCGAGACGGUCAAGGAAUAUUUGGAGGAGAGUAAUGGGCAAAAUGAGGGUAGCAGGGCUGAUAAAGGCGAAUCCGGCGCCCGCGAGCCCGGCACCCGCUAGCCCGUCCCUGAAUCCGGCACCCGCGAGCCCGUCCCCGCCCUUGGAUGCCGACUCAAUGUUGCUUGUUAAUUUGAUCAAUGGCGAUCUAGAUCGCAUGUCUGAGGAGGCCAAGGCUCUCACCAAAUACAACACCCAACUCACUCUCGAGCUCGAAACACUCAAGGAUAUUUUUAAAGGCAUCCGAACCGGCGAGGGAGACGAGAAGCAGAGAAAGGCGUGGCUCAACACCUUCAGAAAGGAAUUGAUGAAAGUGAAGCUCGCGAUUCCUUCAAAGUACGACGUCAGGGCGGAGAAAAACAAGCACGACAACAAGUCAAUCAAGAAGCUCCAGCAGAGAAUCUGCGGGGAGGAGUCCAAGGAGAUUCCUCAGCUGCACAAUGCCCAUCUUUUCAAGACAAGUGUGGAGUUGAAAGAUUUCGAGGUUCGUUACAACGAGCUUGAGUUGCGCGUCAAGCUAUGCUUGCUGUGCUUCUCUAUUUUCCCGCAGGGGGCCACCGUGAAGAAGAGGCUGAUGCUGCAAUGGUGGGUUGUUGAAGGGUUCGCAUCAACCGUGGAAGCUGCGGACGGCUACUUCAAAGAAUUAAUGGAGAAGGGGUUCAUCCAGACCGUGAACAACAACAGCAGCCCCACCGUAGGCAGCUGCAGGCUUCACCCCUUCCAUCGAGCAGCAUUGGUGACGCUAGCCGAGAGGGCCAACUUGUUCAAUUUCGGAAAGGGAGGAGAUCCGACGCAGAACUUCUCGGGGUCGUUUCAAGCGUGCUUGAUGGGGGAGGGCUUGAUCUCCUACCAGGAUUUCAAAGAGUACGAACACAAAGUUGCGUACGAGGAUUUCAAGAAGAGGAAUAAAGAAUACGAAGGUAGCUACGAGGAUUUCAAGACGAUGAAUAAGGAAGACAAAGACAAAGGUGUUCAUGAUCCGGUUAAAGUGAUAAAAGAUCUUACCAACGAGCUGGAGAAGCUCCAUCUGCUGAUGAAUGUGGAGGAGCACAUCCUGGAAUUCAUAAACGAUUGGUUUGGGAAGAUGAAGAAUCUGAAUUUCCUGUACCUGGGGAGAUGGAAGGCGGAGGCAAUUCACCACAUCGAAGUGGAGGAGCCAAAGUUCUUGGAGGAGUUGAAGAAGAUGAAACAUGUAAAGCUGCUAAGCCUUCAAGGGGUCUCAAAUAUAAUAGCACUUCCCCAGUCGAUCCAGCAGCUCACAAAUCUGGAGGUGCUGGAUCUCAGAGCUUGCUCUAAUCUGGAGACCAUCCCGGAUAGAAUAGAUCAUCUCAAGAAGCUGAAGCACUUGGACAUGUCGGAAUGCUAUUUGCUGGCUCACAUGCCCCAGGCUCUCGCACAACUCACCAAUCUCCAAGUGCUCAAGGGUUUCUUUGUCAACGAACCCUCCGAUUCCAGAAACAGCUGUACGCUUGCCGAUUUGCAUAAGUUGAGCAAGCUCGAAAAGCUUUGCAUUUACACUGACUGGGAGGAUUUUCCUGGGGAGGAUCAUGUCACCGCUCUCCACAACUUGGAAGCUCUCACCAAGCUAACAAUCACUUGGGGAGUCGGUAAAAAAACAGAGGAUCAAAAUUCAUACAAAACAGGGGAUAAAAAGUCAUCCAAAACAGGGGAUAAAAAUGGAGAGAAGAAAGCAGCCAAACUUCCUUCCAAGCUAAAGAAGCUGGACCUCAAGUGUUUCCCCAAGGAAGCCACUCCGAACUGGCUCAAGCUUAAUAAUUUGGAAGGGAUAGAGCUGAAGAAACUGUACAUCAGAGGAGGGAAGUUCCGUGAUCUAGGUCAGUAUCAAGGCAUCGAUGACGAGGCGUCGGAAAGUCAGAAGAAAUGGACGGUUGAGGUGUUGCGUCUCAAGUAUUUGGGCGAAAUAGAGAUGGAAUGGAGGCAGCUUCAAGGCUUGUUUCCUAAAUUGAAGUAUCUGGAGAAGGUCGGCUGCCCAAACCUCACUCUCUUCCCUUGUGAUGCAAAGGGGGUGUGGAAGAACACAGACUAGAUAUUUCUUUUUUCCUUUGGGUGCAUUACUUUACUGUUGGAUUUGUGUGGCUGCUCUACGUCUUACUCCACCAAUAUUUGUAUUACCAUAUCAAUAUGUCCUCUACUUAAUAAUUAAUCUGUGUGAUGAUCAACCAAACUUGUUGCUUUCCAAA